AUGACAAAAACCGAAAAUUUCCAUCAACAAAAGAGAGCAGGCUGGCAGGCAAGUCUGAAUAACAUUGGAAUUACUUUGCUUACGGGAGCUUAUUAUGUUUUGAAAGCAAUGUUUCAUUUUACACCACAAUUCUAUCAAGCUUUUGAAAAACACAACAAAAGCAGCAUAAACACUAUAGUUUGA